AGGAGAGAGAGAGCCAUCCCUUUAACAACAACUGGGACAUAGCGGAGAGAGGAAAAGGAGAGGAGGGGGUAGAAGAAAGAGGAAUUAAAAAAGAAAAGGAAGAAAGAGACAGGGAAGGGAGGGAGAGAGAGAGAGGGCGCGCGAUAAAAAAAGAAAGAUGACAUCCUGUGAAUUGAAGCGCCGAGGUGGAGCGGCGGGCUGCGGCCGGGCUCGAGUGUUAUUCGUCCGGGUCACGGCUUGAAAUCGACAGCGAGGCUUCGACAAACACCCGAACGGCCUGUCGAGGGGAUCGAGGAAAAACACUGAUUUAUCCAUAGUUUCAAAUGCGUCAAGCGCAUUACAUCUAACCGCUGUUUUAACGUCUAUAUGCAUCAACUCCUGUUUUAUAAUGCAUGGUGUAAGAGUGUAGAAAUUACGUUUAUUGCUUCCGAUGUUUAAAGUCAUGCAGAUGAAUAAAUAGCGCGUUGUUGUGAUGUAUCGGUUAAAGUUGCAUAAGAGCAAAGUAAACACUAAAUAGCUUGUCUGCUAAUCUGAGCCGUUCAUUAAAUAAAGUGAUUUGGAGAAGAGUUUAAAAAAACAACAACUAAACACUGUUUGCAAACUACAGAAGAUUUAUAGUACGUUAUUAAUCUCGAGGAUCGUGUAGUUGAUUAUAAUAUUCAUCGCCGGGGAACAAAAUGGAUGCCUCGUGGAGUAAUUUUCUCUUCCAGACCACACCCUCCCAGAGUCAAGUGGAGGGGACCCUCCAAUCAGAGCUUAUGCCUGGCCACACGUCCUCUCCUCAAGCCCCGCCCACCGAGCACAUAGCUCCGCCUCCAUCGACAGUGGACACUGCUGCUCUCAAUGAGGACCCUGUACCUGUGAAGCCAGUGUCCAGACCGGCCCGCGCAGCUCAUAUCUGCUCAAUUUGCAGCAAGCAGUUCAAAAACAGCUACAACCUGCGGCGCCAUCAGUCCGUCCACACCGGUAUCCGCAUGAAGGGGGGGUCCCAGAGCCAAGAGGGCGUGGCUAAAGAGAGUGCCGAAAGACAAACGGUCCCCCUCUCUCUCCUUCACCUCUCCAUACCCCAGCAGCAAACCCAAACGCUGACCACUCUUGCUGUUCUGCCCCCUCCACACACACAAGUCCUGGCCACUCAGGAUGGAAACAAUGUUGUGAUGGAGAGCGUGACUUCCACUGUGACCGCCCUCCCGCCUCCGGCUGCUGUUGUCAUGGCAACAGGGGAGCCUAUACAGAGGCCAGUAACCCAGAACCCCAACCCUGUGCGUAAAAACCACGCAUGUGAGACGUGUGGGAAAGCCUUCAGGGAUGUGUACCACCUGAACAGACACCGGCUCUCCCACUCGGACGAGAAGCCAUUUUCCUGCCCCAUCUGCCAGCAGCGCUUCAAGAGGAAGGACCGCAUGAGCCAUCACGUCAGAUCCCACCAGGGAGGCGUGGAGAAACCCUACGUGUGCCCGCACUGUGCUAAAGCUUUCUCGCGGCCUGAUCAUCUCAACAGUCAUGUCCGACAGGUCCAUUCUUCAGAAAGACCCUUCAAAUGUCCGACGUGUGAAUCGAGCUUUGCCACGCGUGACCGUCUGCGUGCUCACAUGAUCAGACAUGAAGAGAAGGUUCCAUGUCACAUCUGUGGAAAACUGCUGUCUGCAGCCUACAUCACGGAUCACAUGAGAGUGCACAACCAAUCACAGCAUCACUCCUGCCACCUGUGCAACCGCAGUUUCACCACGCUGACGUACCUGCGGGUCCACGCUCAGAAGCACCACGGUCAGGAGUGGAAGGACAGCGGCGGAGGCUUCGGCACCUCGGGCUCCGGAGGGGUCCUGGUCUGUCAGCUGUGCGGCGUGCACUGCAAGACCCCCACACAGCUGCAGGGCCACAUGGGUACCCACAACCCCCCUGUGAGUGACCCCCACCCCACCACCACCACCACCACCACCACCAGUGAGGCGGUGCCCGGCAGCAUGGUCACCCUCUGCAACAUGGUGUCAGCUCCCACGGUGUUCGUGAGCGGGAACACGGUGGUGGAUCUGCUGGUGACCGACUGCUCCAGCAUCAUCCCACAACCUCAGAGCUAGCAGAGCAGGCCUGUAGUGCACACACACAUGCAACACACACACAGCCAUUUAUUACACAACUUAUUACACUAAAGAAGCCAAGGAGAAACUGUGAAGAACGGCAUUCUGAGUGAAAGUUGCUCAUGUUUAUGACAUGCACACACACACAUACAAUGACAACUACUGUAGCAUGAUAGAUUUUAAAAGAACACCUCUCGAUUAUGCAGACAUAUUGAGACAUAUAGUCGCUUUACAUGUAUCCCUCUCAAAACCAGAUAGUUAAUAUGAACAAUUUCUUGUCUUGCUGAGGAGGCAGGAGGACGGUUUGGUCUUCCUUUAGCUAUCUUGGCUCAACAAGAAGGAUCAGGGCAUAAAGGCUGCAAAAGAGACUUAUGGGGCUGAUUUUUUUAUUUUAAAUGUGCAGUUCACCCAAACAUGAAUCAUUCACUCCCCUUCAUGAAGACGCCAUGACUUUGUUACAAAAUGGAGCUUUUUUUUUUUCUUUUUGGAGCUUGACCGUCUUUGGUGUCUCAUUCAUUUCAAUCGCAUGGAAGAGAGCAGCUCGGACAUUCUGCUAAGUUUCUUCUUUUGUGUCCUACAGAACAAAAUAAAGGCUCAUGGGUGAGUAAAUGAUGGGUGAACGUCGCACUGACUCAAUCCACCGUUUCUCUUUCACGGGCUUCUUCUCUCUCUUUGACCUCCUCUGCUCUCUUGGCCGCAGGACUCUGAUGAUACUGUGAUUGUGUGUUGCUACUGUAUUUCUUCUGCCUGUAAUAUGAUUUCCACUUUGUUUGCCAGACCUCCACUGCCAUAAACUGGCAUCAAGAUCCAUUCAUAAGUGAUAAUAGCAGAAGAAGAUCCGAGAGGUUGCAUUAGAUGAAAGAGGAAGGUUUGAGAGAAAAGGGAGUUGAAUUGAUAGUAAUGUUCUACUGCCAGCAAAAACUGAUUUGCAUAUACACACUGAUACACAAACACUGUGUGAUGGAUGUUGUGUGUCCCUGACAUGUCCAGGUCAAAUUUCACCCCAAAAUCAAGAGGAAGAAAGAACAAACAUUUCCUGACUUUUUAGGUCCUUUAAAGAUUUUUGUCAUUGUGACAUUGUUUUAAUGAAUUUGUGCACAUUUCCCCUUUAGUUCCCAGAAAUACAUUUCUUAGUUCCAAAGUGUGAAGAAAAAACAAUAAUAAUAGCUGCAUAAUGAAGGCUGCAUAUAUUUGAUUAAAAAAAAAAAAAAAAACGGUAAUGAAAAAGUAAUAUUGUAAAAUUUUAAGCAACUGUUUUCUAUGUGAAUAUAUUGUAAAAUGUAUUUGAUCAAAGCUGAAUUUUCAGCAUCAUUCCUCAAGUCUUCAGAGUCACAUGAUCUUCAGAAAUCAUUGUAAUAUGAAUAUUUACUGCUCAAGAAACAUUUCUGAUUAUUAUCAGUGUUAAAAACUGUUUUUGAACAGUUUCUUGUUCAUGAGUCAUGGAAAUAAUGUCAGAGUGCCAAAAAUCUUAAUAGUAGGGACGUGACCUGUCAAUUCACACACGCAGUGGUGUCCGUACAGUACUGGCCAAAUAAUUAAACUCUGAUUGAGUUUGAGUCUAACUGUGAAGUUGUCUUCAUAUAUACAUAUUACAUUCAAGCGGACAAAACAUCAAAACUGGCCCGACUGCUCAGAAAUGGAAAGACCCAGAUUUCACCUUCACUAUUAGGUGCUUGCUUCUUUUACAGGACUGUCCUGAAGAGUUAUUUAGAUUUACUUUUUGGUUUUUGAUGUUGUGUGAAAUGUGAUCAAUCGUGUAAUACACCGUUGAUGAACGUAGUGCUAUAGCAUGCAUGUUUGAGUCUAAUAAUUUGGCCGUGACUGUACUGUGAGGGGUUUAAAAUGCACACAAUUCUCUUCUGCUUCUAAUCCACGUGUCCAUUUAGAAGAAAACAGGAGGUAUUGACAGUAGGAAUCCUUUUUCUGAGACACACGACUAGGAAACUCAAAGACAGGGCUAAUAGGAUGUGUACUUCAGAUAUGUCCUCGUGUUAUUUUUCUGAACAGCAGGCCGUCUGUUGUUACUGCUUCCUCUAAGACUUUUAGCAAAUGCUCUUUUGUAGAAGAUUGCUUUUCUUUCUUUUUUUCUUUUCUGUUGUGAAUGUUUGAACGGCGCAUUUAAAGAAGGGCUUAAAGAUAAGUAAAACCCGAGGAAAUCGAACUCUUUACUAGCUCAAGGUUUAAAAACGGUGGAGAAAAGACUCGUCUUGGUUCUUGGUUUUGUACUGGAGUGGUUUGUUUGAUCAGUUUAGUGUUGGUACUGUAUAUCUGGUUAUUCAUGAGCUUAAUUUUAAUAUGAGAUUUGUUCUUCCUGUGUAGAAAUGUAGUCGUUGUUAAAAGCUUCAGAUCAUAUUUAGGUUCCUUAUUUAAAUUUAGCAUUAAGCUGAAAUAAUACCUCUAAUCUCUGUACAGCUCUGGCAAUGCAUCUCAAUGCCUUAUUGUAUCUAGCGCAUUUAAUUCGUCAAACACUAUUAAAAUGAUAGUCGAUGAACCGGUAAAAAAAAAAAAAAGCAAAGUAGAAUAAUAAUGGGAUGUAUUUAUAUUUAUAUUUUUAUAUUUCUUAAAAGUAUGCAUGUCUAUAAACAGAGCAAAACAAAUUGUUGAUGCUUACCAUGAUCAUGGAUAUUAUGUUAUUAUUUUGUAGAUGAUGUAGAUCAUGUUAUCAUUUUGUAAUUUUGACUAUUAAAAGGAAAUGGAGUAAUCAUA